AUGAAAAUUGACAUCACUCUAACACACCCCGGACAAGUACUUGGCGAGCAGAUUCGUGGUUUUGUCACAGCCAAAGCCAUACUUAUUUACACGCGGACUGUGACAACGUACUCAACUGUAAAUAAGCGCCGUGUUGCUCAUCAUCACACUGUUACUGAGCACGUGAACACAAAAGUCUAUCAGUCUCCAGACUUUCCUGUUAUUGAAGAAUUACACAACCACAACAUUUCUUUGACCACUGAAUUAGCACCAGGAAAGUAUGACUACCCCUUUGUCUUUCAACUUCCACAAGGACUUCCUUCAUCACAAUUUUUUACUGGGAGGAAUGUGUCGGUGACUUACCAAAUCUCCGCCAAAGUUAUUUCGAAGAACAAUUCAACAACAAAGUCGAGUGGAUUUGUCCUUCCCGUUUGCAUUUCAACACAGCGACACAUCCCACGUCCAAAGAUGUUUGUCGAUAACACGGCACCCCUCUCAAUACAACUCGCAAUAGACGACGAAAUCCCAGCAGUUGGCGAUGUCGUCACUGGAACUCUCCAAUUAAGAAAUGACUCACAGCAUAACGUUACUAUGACUGCUUCUUUCUGCGCAGUGCACACAUACAGAAAUACUCGAUGUGAAGUGUUCUCUGGCACAACAGCAUUUCCCGUGUUUGGCCCACGUUCGACGAACAGUGCGCCUUUUAAUAUGAGUGUACCUAUUGACAUCCCUCUUUCUAUCUCUAAUGACCCUUUUAAUGUCUCAAAUUAUAUCAAAAUUGACGGGAGUUAUGGGGGAAAGUCUUUCCAAAUGCUCUGCCCAAUACAAAUUGGGUGUGACAUGAUCGAUCCGCGAAUGAUGUGUGAGCGCGCCGCUGUUUUUGGCGGGCGACGGGACUUCACAAAAGCCACUGCGUUCUAUGGCAAGCACUUCCGAGUCCCUCCCCACUAUGAAAAUAUCACCAACCCAAAUCUCCCAAUAGGAGUCGAAGAGAUAGAAGGCGUGGACGGACAGAACUACUUUGUGUCACACUUCUCGAGACAAUGCAGUUUCACCCCCGACAUGCAAAACGGGUGUAAUAUCCCAUACCCGUCAUAUAAUUCCGCAAUGCUCCCACCAGGAUGGGCUAUGGGAAUGGACUAUGGUGAGACUUAUUUCAUCGAUCACAACACGAGAAGUACGACUUGGGUCGACCCAAGACCUAUGGAACAAAGAAUAGUACCACAUAUUGCUUUGAAUAAGACUGCAACGUUCACCGUUGAAAUUAUUAAGGCGACGGGACUCCCCAUUUUGGGGUGGGGAUUUCCAGAUCCGUACGCUUGCGUUUGGGACGAGAAACAGAAAUGGGUGUCGACAGGGGUAGUCCCGAAGAGUAUUGAUCCAGUCUUUACUAAGAAUAAUACACUGAGUUUCAAAGUUGAAAAGGACCGAAGGAAUGUGAUGGUUUAUCUUUACGACAAACAUAAAAUCACAUACGACGUCUUUAUGGGCGCAAUCAAUUUCGAUUUGCAAUACUUCCCACCAGACGUCUCUAUUCAGGACUGGUUCCAAUUGAGCUGCUUUGGAGAGAAGGAAACGGCAAUUACUGGGAAAGUGUUGAUGAAAGUGUGCUACCGAGUCAAUGAAGACGUUAACAAUGUCGCUGUCGAUAUCAUAGGGAAAUCCCCAUUACUGCAAGACUAUUAUCCAUAUACACACUUCAUCAUGGAUCAAAUUGAAAAACAGAACAAGGCAAGAACUGAAAAGAAAUUACCUGAAAACUCAAUGAUGAUGUGUGAAGGAAAAAUUAUCUGUAGAAAUCCAAUUUAA